GUGCUGUGAGGUGGUGUCCAUCAUUAUCCAUUGUUAUCCACCUUUAUGUGUUGCUACCUGUCAUAAUUGAUUGUUAUCUGUUGUUAUCCGCGGCUGAUGAUCCGCGCGGGGGCAGCCGUGCCGUGGACCCCAGGCCCACACGCAGCAGGGUCUGUCCCUGGCACGGGGGUCGCCCGCAAAGCACCGUACAAAGCACCGUACAGCGGGGAGGCCGUGCCUCUGUCUCCAGUCUCCUGCCCUCAUCUUGUUUCGGGAGCUGGCUGUGCCCCCCGCGGCUGGACCGCGGCUGGGGGGCAUCGUGCCAGCGCGGCGCCCGCCCCUGUGCGUGCAUCUGCUCGCCCGACACCGGCAGAUGCGUGAGGAGCCGGGUCUGGCCUUGGCCCCCGGGGCACUGCCGUAAGUGAUGGCUCUUAUCUCUCUGCUGACAAGCCAGCAUCCUUCAGCGGGUGUAUUUAAGGCCGAGCGCCCGGAGGGCCGGGCAGAGGAGCGCUAGCCGCAGAGACACCCGCCUGCAGCCCACGGCUCCUGCCUGACCAGGGAGAUGCUGCCCGCGACGUUCAAGCUCUGCGCCGCCAUCUCCUACCGGCACCUGCGCAACAUGACUGGUCUGAGAAGACAAGCUGCUGUCACCAUCAGCCAGGAGCUGAGCAAGUUUGCCUGCCACGGCACGGGACCCAGCACGUGGAUUAACCAGGUUCGGAGAAGAAGCUCCUUGCUCAGCUCGAGGCUGGAGGAGAAGCCCUUCAGCGAGACGGAAAUGUCCUACGUCAAGCAAGGAGAGGAAGCCCUCCAGAAAUCCCUCGGCAUCCUCGGCGACCAGGAGGGCUGGAAGACAGAGACAGUGGUGGAUAAUGGAGACAAAGUGCUGAGCAAGGUGCUGCCGGACGUGGGCAAGGUGUUCCGACUCGAGGUGGUGGUGGACCAGCCCCUCGACGCAGUGUACAGCGAGCUGGUGGACAACAUGGAGCAGAUGGGAGACUGGAAUCCCAAUGUCAAAGAAAUCAAGAUUCUCCAGAAGAUUGGAAAGGACACAGUGAUCACCCACGAGAAGGCGGCCGCUACCCCCGGUAACAUUGUCGGACCACGGGACUUCGUGAGCGUCCGGUGCUCUAAGAGACGCGGCUCCACCUGCGUCCUGGCCGGCAUGUCCACAAAAUACGGAGCUAUGCCAGAGCAGGAAGGCUUUAUAAGAGCUGAGAACGGCCCCACGUGUAUGGUCCUGCGCCCGCUGCCCGGCUGUCCUUCGCAAACCAAGCUAACGUGGCUUCUCAGCAUUGACCUGAAGGGCUGGCUGCCGAAGACCAUCAUCAACCAGGUCCUGGCCCAGACGCAGGUCGACUUUGCCAACCACCUUCGGGGGCGCCUGGCCCAGACGGCGGCCGGGAGCUGCUGACCAAGGACCUAGAGUUGGAAGGCUGUGUUCGGGGUAAAGCAGGGAAUCUUGUAACAGGGAAAGGCAGACACCAUUUAAUUAGCGCAGGCUGUAAUUAGCCAAGGGCUUUCGUGGUAGACACCACCAAUUAAUACAUUAUUUCAGUAAACAAGGCUUUAUUCAUUUAUUUAUUGAAACAAAUUAGUUAGGGAGGGCGCAGGGGCCUGACUUGGGCCAGCACACGCUCAUUGUGCAAAUGCAGGACCAAAAAUAUGAGGUAGAAGUCCUGCAUUUGUUCUGCUGAGUGUGUGCGGGCCCAGUCAGGCCCCUGCACCUCCCUAACUAAUUCUUCUCAAUAAAUAAAGCUUUAAUGAGUGGUGUCUGCUCUUAAAGGCCUUGGGUAAUUAGUUAUUAGGGAGGUCCCAGACACCUGCCUGGGAAGGCAGGAGAACCAGCACAUGCUCAGUUGGACAAACAAGAUUUAUCCUCAAAUUUUACUUCCCUCCUUCCCCCAAAACACAGAUUUCAUUCCCUUCUGGCCCCAGUGAAGCAACUCUAAUUUAUUUUUCCUAUAGAGACACCCACAAAGUGUCAAAUUAUUUAUUCAUUCAAAGCUCUGCAAUGAUGAUCAUUGGCAGGAGGCCCUGGAUAACUUGAUCAACGGGGUGAGCAGAAGGAGCUCUUCAGCUUGAGAGAUCGCUGAAGUGUAGCUAUUUUGAGUUUAAAUCUCACUCAUAACAAGUUACCAGACAAAAACAAAAAAAAAACCAAACCAAAAUUAAGAGUUAAAGCCUUUAUUUUUCAACUGGUUUCCAGUUUGUGUGGAAAAAAAAAAAAAUACAGUUUGGACAGAAGCCCAAAUUUCAGUCUUACAUGCAGUAGUCUUGUUACAACAGUCCUGGCUGGAAGCUGGUGUUUACAAUUAGCCAAACACCGCCGAGCAGAAGCACCGGUGUUGCUUCCGCAAGCGUACGUAGGGCAGGUAGGUCCCACUGGCGCCUGCUCUCCCUGACAAGUGACUGUUACAACCCAGGUACAGCACAUGAGGCGUUGCCGCACACAAUACUCGCCUCCUCAGCUAGCUACACUGUAAAAGUUACUGAAGACUCCAAGAGAUGCCCACAACUAGCACAAUACAUACCAGAACUGCAUUCACUUAGACUCCAGCAUAGUGGUAGCGUGUGAAUCCUCAGCAGGUCACAAAUAUACAAAACGCCUGCCAUCAAGAGCUGCGGUGGCUUCGGCUUGUUUGGGCGCUGGCUGAUCGCUCGGAGUGAUGCAUGUUCCUCUACAAUAAAAACCGGUUGACUGGA